CACAAGUUCCCGUCCCGUCUUGUGCCGCCGCCGCCCCUCCGAUCACCCAUCCUCCCCUUCCUGCUACAUCUGCCUCUACUGACCAGGGCGGCUUUGACUCGUACGUAAACAUGAAUGCAGCCCGGCAGGUCCAGAGGUUCGCGCCAGGUGCCCCGUCGAGGGUCACAGGCUUGCGAAGCACCGGUUACACACCAGCACCGCAUUACCGUCUCCUCUCCUCCAGAGCGUCGCAGCUAAGCAUCUCUGAGAACACGGCAUGCUACGCUUCUACGCCAGUCCAUCAACAACAACCACUCCUACGCUCUACGCUCUCCCUACAUGCCAUCAGGCUAAGUAGGUUGUCACAGGGCACCGCGCGCCCAUUCCACGCUUCGAUCCGGCUACGGCAGAAGGAGGCCGAGGGCACAGGGGCAAAUGCACGGUCAAAAACAAGCGAAGACGGGAAGGAUAGUGAGUCCCAGUCGAAGGAAGAGAGGACGGAAGAGGCUAAAGAAGGGAAGAAGGGCGAGGAGAAGGAGGAGAAAGAGAAGAAGGAGAAAGAGAAGAAGGAGAAGGAGGACCUCCCGCCUCCGCCGCCCCAUGGAGACAAGACCCCGUGGCAGGUGUUCCUAGACACCAUGCAGACGGAGUUGAAGCAGUCUAAAGAAUGGAACGAGUCGACCAAGGCCCUCGCAUCCUCCGCGACUGAGUUUGUCGAGAGCGAGUCCGUCCGAAAGGCGCGGCAAGCCUACGAAGCCACGACAGGUGCUGUCAGCUCUACGGCUGAGAAAGUCGUCAAGACCACAGCGGGCGCCAUUGCCAAGGGUGCUGUUUAUACUUGGGAGACCCCCGUGAUGAAGGGCGUGCGAAAGGGCGCGAACAAGACGGGCGAGGUGCUGGACAAGGCGACCAAGCCGAUUCGUGAAACCGAGGCGUACAAGAACGUCAAGGAGGUUAUCGAUGACGGGAGCAGUUCGAGGUACGGCGGGUGGGUGGACAAGGAGGAGCGGAGGAGGCGACGGGAGCUGCGGGAGAAGAUGGGACAGAAGAACGGAGAGCAACAACAGAUCCUUGAAGAAAACCCAAAUGCCGGAACCAGCGUAACCCUCCACAAGGAUGCCGCGUGGAAGGAGGCCUGGAGGGAUUUCAAGGACUCCAACAAAUUCGUGCAAAGCAUUUUUGGCAUGAAGACGGUGUAUCAAGAGUCGGAAAACCCCCUGAUUUCUACCGCCCGAAGCAUCACCGACAAGGUCGCCGGUUUCUUUGCAGAGAACGAGACAGCGAUGGUGAUCAAGAAGCUGCGCGCCAUGGAUCCAUCAUUCAAGUUGGAGCCCUUCUUGCAGGAGCUCCGCGAGUACAUCCUUCCCGAAGUGCUGGAUGCCUACGUCAAGGGUGACGCUGAGACGCUGAAGCUGUGGUUGUCGGAGGCGCAGUAUUCCGUCUACGACGCCCUGACGAAACAGUAUCUCCAAGCUGGCUUGAAAUCCGAUGGCAAAAUUCUCGACAUUCGAGGAGUAGAUAUCCUCAGAGCACGCAUGCUCGACCCCGGCGAGAUCCCCAUCCUCAUCGUCACCUGCCGGACACAGGAAGUUCACGUAUACCGCAACGCCAAGACGAACGAGCUAGCGGCGGGCAUGGAGGACAAGGUCCAACUUGUCACCUACGCCAUUGGCAUCACCCGCAUUGCCGACGAAGUGACCAACCCGGAGACGAGAGGUUGGCGGCUGAUCGAGAUGCAAAAGAGCGGCCGCGAUUACAUCUAAACGAGCUGUGUUUUACCGAUCGCCGUCCAACCAUCCGACUCCCAGCGGCCAGUCUCUUCUCCAUUCAUUGCGUUUUACUGUCACAAAACUGUAUCAUAUUGCAUCCGGGAUCUUGUCGCCUAAGACUGCAGGGAGUUUUUGGGAAGUCCAUGGUACAUUAUAGAGGGAGGCGGAGCGGGGCGCCUUGAUGCAUUUUCACGGCCAGCACCACUCUUCUGGAGCCCAUGUGAGAGGGCGGCCAUGACACAAUAGUCCACAAUGUACAGUACGAUAUGAGGAGGAACAAGGCAUCAACGACCACUGUGAUGCC